AAUCGGGCGGCGGGCGGAGGGCCUAUGAGUGCGAAGAUGGAGCCUACUUUCUACGAGGAUGCCCUGAGCGCCGGCUUCGGCCAGGCCGACGGCGGCUACGGGCCCGGCGGUCCCCCCGGAGCCGGCGGCGUCGCCGCGGGCGGCGUCGGCGGCGGUUUCGGGCCGGGCCCCGGGGGCGCGGGGGGCCCGGCCAAGGCCCUGAAGCACAGCCUGACGCUGAACCUGGCGGGCCCCGGCGGGCAGCUGAAGCCGCACCUGCGGGCCAAGGAGCCGGACCUGCUGACGUCGCCGGACGUGGGGCUGCUGAAGCUGGCCUCCCCGGAGCUGGAGCGGCUCAUCAUCCAGUCCAGCAACGGGCUGGUCACCACCACGCCCACCCCGACCCAGUUCCUCUGCCCCAAGAACGUCACCGACGAGCAGGAGGGCUUCGCCGAGGGCUUCGUGCGGGCCCUGGCAGAGCUGCACAGCCAGAACACCGGGCCCGGGCCCGCCCCGGCCCCGCCGCCCCCGGCACCCGCGGGAGGCGGUGGAGGCGGCGGCGGCGGAGGCGGCGGCGGCGGCCCGGGCCCGGCGGGGGCCGGGGGCGGCUUCCCCUCCGGCCUGCACAGCGAGCCCCCCGUCUACGCCAACCUGAGCAACUUCAACCCGGCCUACGGCGGCGUGGAGGGCCUGGGCUACCCGGGCCCGCAGCCCCCGCUGGCCCCGCAGCUGCCCGGCCCCCCGGCCCACCCGCCCCGGCUCCAGGCCCUGAAGGAGGAGCCGCAGACGGUGCCCGAGAUGCCCGGGGAGACCCCGCCGCUCUCCCCCAUCGACAUGGAGUCCCAGGAGCGCAUCAAGGCCGAGAGGAAGCGCAUGCGGAACCGCAUCGCCGCCUCCAAGUGCCGCAAGAGGAAGCUGGAGCGCAUCGCCCGGCUCGAGGAGAAGGUCAAGACCCUCAAGGCGCAGAACUCGGAGCUGGCCUCCACGGCCAACGUGCUGCGCGAACAGGUGGCCCAGCUUAAGCAGAAAGUCAUGAACCACGUCAACAGCGGCUGCCAGCUCAUGCUCACGCAGCAGUUGCAGACGUUCUGAAGAGGCCGGGCGGCCCACGGCCGGGCCGGACCCGUCCCGCGACCCGCGACCCCCGGGACGGGGUCCGGGGGGGGGGGACAGCGGAGGGGUCGGCCCAAGACCCCCGACACGGGGACGACGGGCGGCGCCGUCCCCGAGGCCUCCCCCGAAGCGCGCGGGGAGGCGACGGGUGGCACGCUCGGCACCGGGGGUGAAACGAACCGCGGUAGAGACUGACCUGCGACCGGCCCGGACCCGGGGAACGGAAGGCGGGCGGGCCCCUGGAGGAGCAGGAGGAGGAGAAGGGGUGUGGGGGGGGGGGCCGAAGGCCUCCCCCCUCUUUACUGCGUCUGUACAGCUCCCUUGUUUUUUUUUUUAUCACCAUCAUCAUUAUCAUUAUUUGACGAAAGCAGACGGGACGCCAAUAAACAGCUCCAGGCCUUUGUAAGUUAUUCUACAGUUGCUCGGGUCCGGCCCUCCGUUGUUUGUAAAUAAGAGAUCUGGAACGCUCUGGGUUUACCGUUUAUAAUAAAGUAUAUAAUUUUUUUACGUU